UAUACAACUUCCAAAGUUAAGCCCCUUCCUCCCAUUUUAACCAUAAGAGUUAUCUCCCAUUUCCCAUAAUGCAGCAGGGCAUCAGUAAUGGCAGCCUCCAUUGGAAAAUGUUCCAUCAGUGUUUAUACUUCAAGUUGUUUUUCUUUUUCACCUCUGCAUCCAUCAGAAAUAAAUUUGAUAAGAUUAAAAGACUGCAAGAGAGGCAUCGUAUCACAUCUGUUGAAAAAUGGGAUUCGAUCUGGCGUGAAAGGAGGGGCUGAUGUGUUCAGUGAAGCAGACCUAAUAUGCAAGCGCGUGGGACUCUUCACUAUUGAGGAAGCAUUUACGGUAUGUCCCUAUCACAGAGACUUUCUUGGUGUACAUUGGCGUCCCAAGACAUCUUUUCAGUAUCCUGACCACCAGGGAAAUGCCAAGCCAUAUCGGAGUUUCAACUCUCUUAUGUCUAAGCGGAUGGUUUCCGAGUUUGGUACUUUAGUGCCUAUAGGUUCUGGAAUAUGCAGGAAAUGUCACGGAGAUUAUUUGAAUCUUCCUUCAUCAAUAGGCAUGAUAGGAGAGGUUGAAGUUCCCAUGGAAGAUAACCACAGAAAUGAAGAGACAUAUGUUGCAACCUCUAUCCAAAACCAGCAGUCUACAUGUACUGAUGGUCACAAGACUUUUACUCACACAAUGGGUUACGUGAAACAGGACUUCUUUGCUGUUCUUUCAUUACUAGAACAUACACUAGUAACUCUUAAACAACAGCUGCCACACAGUACAGAAGCUUACCUUAGAUCAGAAAACGCGGGGUGCUACCAUUGUGGGUAGAUAUGGCUCUCCAUACCAUCAUUGUCAGA